UCUCUCACACACAAUCAAGCUACACGUAAAGAGAUGCAAUCAACUAUAAAUUUCAAUGUGGCUAGGAAAAAACCAGAGCUGAUCGCUCCGGCAAGGCCAACGCCUCACGAAUUCAAGGUCCUCUCCGACAUCGACGAUCAAGAGGGCCUCCGCUUCCAAAUCCCAGUGAUUCAAUUCUACCGGAGAAAUCUCUCCUCAAAAGAGAGAGACCCCGUGAAGGUGAUCCGCGAUGCCAUUGCCAACGCCUUGGUUUACUACUACCCUUUUGCCGGGCGGCUGAGGGAGCACACCAACCGGAAGCUGGUGGUGGAGUGCAACGGGGAAGGGGUGGUUUUCAUUGAGGCCGAUGCCGACGUGGCACUGCAGCAUCUCGGUGACUCCCUCUAUCCGCCCUUCCCAUAUUUGGACAAGCUGCUCCACUCCCUCCCGGCCACUGCCGGAAUCAUCAAUUGCCCUUUGUUACUUAUUCAGGUGACACGGCUUAAAUGCGGGGGGUUUGUGGUAGCCACCCGCCUGAAUCAUACCAUGAGCGAUGCGGCCGGGCUGGCCCAGUUUUUGUCCGCGGUGGGGGAAUUUGCCCGCGAAGACGCGUGGCCUUCAAUCCAGCCCGUUUGGGAAAGACACCUCCUCAGUGCUCGAAACCCGCCGUGCGUGACGUGCACGCACCACGAGUACGGCGAGAACACUAGUUCUGAAGGAAACCACGCCCCACCUGACAACAACAACAACAACAACAUGGUGGACCGCAGCUUCCUCUUCACUCCGGCUGACAUCUCCGCCCUCCGCCGCAGCCUACCACCGUACCUCCGCGGCAGCUCCAGCUUCGAGAUUGCGACAACCUGCACUUGGCGGUGCCGCGCAAUCUCCCUCUCGCUAAAGCCCAAGGAAGAGAUCGGACUCUCGUGCUUAGUGAAUGUUCGGAAGCGACUCAAUCCGCCUCUGCCGGUGGGGUACUACGGCAACGCUAUAGUCUACCCUGCCGCCGUCACAACGGCAGAGAAAUUAACGACAAGUCCGUUGCAGCACGCUGUGGAGCUAUUGAGAAAUGCGAAAUCACAAGCAGCAGAGGAGUACGUAAAAUCAGUUGCGGAUUUGAUGGUAAUGAGGGGGCGACCUUGUUUCAAUACGAGAGGGAUUUAUCUAGUGUCGGACGUAACGCGUUCCGGUUUAGGCGAAGUGGACUAUGGGUGGGGCACGGCGGAGUACGGUGGACCGGCCUUAUGUGGUAUUGAUCUAGUUCCUGGAGUUGUAAGUUUUGCUCUGCCGUAUAAGAAUACAAAUGGGGAGAAGGGAAUAAGGCUCACCAUGUCCUUGCCGCCAAAUGCCAUGGAUAAAUUCAUAAAUGAGCUUGAGACGGCCAUGGCGACUGCUCGCAGAAGCUUGUUUAUUAGAGAAUCGGCGUUGUGAUGUUACUAAGGUUGCCAUUUUAGUAACUCCCAAGACCAGUGUGUCCUCACACAAAAUAACGGAGACCAGUCCUACUAUUGAAAGUAAAUCUUUAUAUUUGUGUGUAAGUUAUAUAUAUAAUGAUAUUGAAUUGUGUGCAAGGCGAGUUUAGUAGAAUUGUAAUGAAUAAAAAUAUGGGGAUGUUUCGACUUCUUCAA